AUGAGGCUGAUUAUCCGCGAUGAUGCUGACGCCGCCAGCGCGUACGUAGCAAGCUACAUCGUUGACCGCAUCAAGCACUUCAAUCCCACCCCAGCUCAUCCGUUCGUGCUCGGUCUGCCGACCGGAAGCAGUCCCCUGGGUGUGUAUAAAAUCCUCGUUCAGAAGUACAAGGCCGGAGAGAUCUCAUUUGAAAAUGUCAUCACCUUCAACAUGGACGAGUACGUCGGCAUCCCUCGGGAUCACCCAGAAAGCUACCACUCGUUCAUGUGGAAGCACCUCUUCUCCCACGUAAACAUCCACCCCAACAACGUCAACAUCCUCAACGGCAACGCCCAAAACUUGGAGGCCGAGUGCGUCGCCUACGAGGCCAAGAUCAAAGCCGUCGGCGGCAUCGACCUCUUCCUCGCCGGCAUAGGCGAGGACGGCCACAUCGCCUUCAACGAGCCCGGCUCCAGUCUCGCCUCGAGGACGCGUGUAAAGACUCUCGCUUACGACACCAUCCUCGCCAACUCGCGCUUCUUCGACAACGACGUCGAAAAGGUCCCCAAGCUCGCCCUGACCGUCGGCGUGCAGACCGUGCUCGAGGCGAGAGAGGUGGUUGCCAUCAUCUUGGGCGCUAAGAAGGCGCUCGCCCUGCAGAGGUGCAUCGAACAAGGCGUGAACCACAUGUGGACGCUCUCCAGCCUGCAACUGCACCCUCACCCGAUGAUUGUUGUGGACGAGGACGCGACCCUGGAGUUGCAGGUCAAGACAGUCAAGUACUUCAAAAGCAUCGAAAAGGUCGCCAGGGAACAAGGCUUUGAACAGAUCCUCCCCUCUAGGAUCCGUACCGGUCCCGGUCCCGUGCCGGUUACAGUCAUAGACGAGGUCGAGACCCCUACUAUCCUACACCCGCAGCCCACCACCUCGCGUUUGCUGCGUGCCUCGCCGGCGACGGAAUACCCCAUCCGCUCUACGUCACCCGACAUUGAGCUCGUCUUCGAGAGCAUGGCGUCCCGCACCAAGUCGCCUACCGAGCAGCAGCUUCGCGCCGUCACGCCCGACCUCGUCACCGACAGGAUGGCCACGCGGAUCCCCGAGCCCGCGCUGGCGGGCCGUCUGACGCCAACACCCGAGCAGCAACCGCAGCUGUCCAGAUCAGUGACCCCCGACCUGAUCCCCGACCGCAUGGCUUCGAGGAUCCCGGAGCCGGCGCUUGCGCGGCGGUUGACGCCAAACCCGGAGCAGCAGAUGAUGUCAAGACUGAACACCGUUGGGGCUUGA